AUGUUCCCUUCUGGAAACAGUAGUGGGAACCCUAUUCUCCGGUGUUCAAUACCAUCUUUUUGCAGCUCUAAUUCUUCCUUUCUUGGCAUUAAUGGCAACCAAAUACUCCUUCAUCAACACCAAGAUCAACUCUCUACUCAUUACUUAGCCGCUAAUAAUGGUCACUUAAUCGACAACAACAGCUCGGUGAUGUUUGCAAACAAUGUCAUCCACAACAAGUCAAAUAAUCAGGAAAUUUGCUAUCCUUUAAAUACGAUGAUGAAGAAACCUAUGAAAAAAGAUAGACACAGUAAAAUUUUGACAUCACAAGGUCAUAGGGAUCGGAGGGUGAGAUUGUCCAUUGGGGUUGCUCGUAAGUUCUUUGAUCUACAAGAUAUGCUUGGUUUUGACAAACCAAGUAAAACCCUUGAUUGGCUAUUCACAAAGUCCAAAUUAGCCAUUGAAGAGCUGACUACUGCUCAGAUCAAAAUCACCAGCCCUAAUGAGUCGUCAGCAGCAAAGAAAAGUCCUUCAUCUAUUAAUUCAGAAUGUGAGGACGUUGUUCUUGCAAGAGCAAAACAAGAGGAGGCUAUACUUAAUUUGGUUGCGAGAGAGUCAAGGGCAAAGGCUAGAGCAAGAGCUAGGGAAAGAACAAUCAAGAAAAUCUGGGCCCAAAUUGAAGCCAAACUUAACUCAUCAUCAGUAGUAAAGGAGCAGACUAAGAUUGAUGAAAUUAAAGAAAUGAUUCACGGAUCUGUACUUGUGGAAAGGAAGAAUAUCAAGUCUUCUUCCUCAACUUUGGGUUUUCAUCACCCGAAUCUCAGUGGUACUGAAGAGGCUGCAGCUAAUUCGAACUACAAUAGCUCCUCUUCUAGUACCCGAAAUUGGGAUCAUGAUGUUAAUCGAACAAUAUUGAACUCCAGCUUAACUGCAGUUAUGGCUACAAUAAGUACCUCAUCGCAAGUCGUUCAAGGUAGCGAUCAGAAAGAAUGGGACUCAUAUCACUGCAGCCAAAUCUAA